AUGUACCUCCCCGACGUCUACACAGAAAAGGACAUCCCCGCCUUACGCAACUUUAUCAGGUCAAACUCCCUCGGCAUCUUCACCACCGCCAUCGAAUCCUCAAAACACCCAUUCAUCCAAUCAUCCCAUCUCCCUUUCGUCUUGGAUGUAGAAGACGAGAACAGUCCAACUGAACUAGGUGUUCUCCGAGGCCAUAUGGCACGCGCCAACCCACAGAGUAAAGCUCUAAUCGAUCACAUCAACUCCGUUGCGAAUGAUGAAGUAGAAGGCGGUGACAGUCCACGCAAACUAGAACGAGACGUCCUAGUCCUGUUCAACCAUCCCAUACAGCACUACGUCACCCCAAAAUUCUACCGCGAGACAAAGCCCAAAACAGGCAAAGUCGCUCCGACAUGGAACUACGCUGCCGUACAGGUGUAUGGAAAACUGACGGUGUAUUACGACAGUAAAGCCGAUUCCACUGAGGACUUUCUUGAGAAACAGCUAAAGGAUCUGACGAUGGUGGGGGAGAAGGGGGUCAUGAAGUACGAUGAGCCGUGGCUCGUAGAGGAUGCCCCGAGAUCGUUUGUUCAGAUUUUGAAAAAGGCCAUUAUUGGGAUUGAAAUUGAGAUUAUGCGUAUGGAUGGGAAAUGGAAGAUGUCGCAGGAGAUGUCGAAAGGCGAUCGGGAGGGUGUUAUUAACGGGUUCCGCGGGUUGAAUUCCGAUGUGGGUACGAAAAUGUCGGAUAUAGUAGAGGAGAGGGGGGAGAUGUCGGAUAGAAAGAAGGAGGCGAAAAGUUCUUGA